CUCACUUUAGCUGACGUGACGCCUCCUGCAGCACUACACUCACCCAUCACUACACCUCUCACACAGGGAGAUGGAGAAGCGAAACAGCCAGGUAGUGUUGAUGGUGGUGUUGGUGGUGGCUCUUACUGUCAGUCUGACGGCAGCACAAACCUUCCAGUACAGCAGAGGUUGGACGAAUGGAGGGAAGCGGUCUGACCCAAGCGUGGCGUGUUAUCCAUUGUAUAAUGUUUUAGUAACGCGUGUGUUUACCCUGCAGAACCUGGAGGAGAGGCUGAGGGCCCUGGAGCUAGGUCUCAACGCUGCACUCAAGGCCAGUGCUACCUUCCCCCCGGCUGCUGACGACCAAUACUACUCAGACAACUAACAAUCUUCUUCACGUACAUCUAUAACAGCGGAACAAUGUGAUAAUUUCAUGUCAGAUUAUAUUUAACAUUUUGGGUGUCUAAAACAAAAAAAAAAGAAAGAGGUUCCACUUUGAAAUCGCAUCUUCCGUUUCACUUUGAAAUCUCACCUCCCCACGACCUGUGGCAUUCGAGUUAGCAGUUAGUGACAGCCUAGCUUGUGUCUAAGAGUAAUGUGGCUGGUAAUUUUUAAGACAUAAUGAGCCUCUCUCUUCUGUUUCCUGUACUUGUAACACUCGUUCACAGACUGGGUAAGAGAUGGUAUAUCAUACCGACACUUGUGAAAUAUGACCUGUGGGCACUGCUAGGGUAUUCUACUCGGAAAACGUUACCCAACGAAUGAUUUUUAAGUCCUGAAAAACUAUUCGUGGCGAAACAGUACCUCAAUAAACUAUCCCAGUACUGUGCAUGUUAUGUCACAUCUACAAACUGUUGGCGGUAGGUUUAAAGACAAAUAUCUAAUCGAUACGAAUAUUUUAUUCAUUACUUUUCCUCUCUUCCUAUUAUUUGGACAUUUCUUUCAGGGUCGCCCAUUUUCUCACAUUCACGUCUUUCACAGCCAUAAUUCUGAAUUCCAAAUCUUGUUUAUCAAUUGUACUCGAAAACCAUUUGGAAAUCAAUUAGUCAAGGGCACGAAAAGUAAAUAAUUUUAACAUUAACAGACUGAAAAUUCUAUUAGGAAAAUUAUGUUGAAGCAGCGUUUAUUAAAAUUCAUAUAUAACCGUGAAGCGCUAAAUCCGUAAGUCAUACAGAGCCAGGACUCCUUAAUUAAAAUAUAACAUUCGAAAAAUUAGAGGCUGAAAGUGUAAUAAUUAGCAGUGUUCAUCUGAAAAAAAAAAUAUAUUCUAAAAAUUAGAAGCUGAAAUUCUCAUAAUUUAUCCUAAUUAUCAAAUUUUUUUUAAUCGUUUGACAUUAAUAAAAUUAGAGGCUGGAAAUUUGUUUAAUUUAUCGUGCUCAUUCCCUCCCCCUCCCCCCCCAAAAAAAA